AUAUAAAAGCAAUCUGUUGUGAUGAAUCGUCCGGCUGUCUUCUUUUUAUCCUCCCAGCGAAACAUGUUCAAAAUGUCGAACAGAACAUAUAAAGUGUUAACCUUGGUCACAGUUCCUGGGGUUAGAAGGUCCGAAGCUUCGAUGGGGAUGACAUCAUUUUCUACCAGUGCUAUAAAUAUGUCGAAAAGUCCAGAAGAACUCAAGUGUUGUCUCUUUUCUAUUAUCCAAGACUACAGUCUAGAAACACCAGGAGCCCACCAGGAGUCCCUAAUGAAACGAGGACUACCUACAAGGAAGAGCAUACCCGGUGUUAAGCAUGUUAUUCUGGUCUCAUCUGGGAAAGGUGGUGUGGGUAAAUCAACAACAUCAGUUAAUCUUGCUUUAGCGCUUUCAAAACAUAAAUCAGCACCUGCUGUAGGCAUUCUAGAUGCUGACAUAUUUGGACCAAGUUUACCAACAAUGAUGAAUAUUAGUUCUGCCCCUGAGCUAACUGCUGAGAACAAGAUGAUCCCUGUUCUAAAUUAUGGAAUUAAAUGCAUGUCUAUUGGUCUACUGGUGGACCCAGCUCAGGCUGUUGUUUGGAGAGGACCAAUGGUAAUGGGAGCCUUAAAUAAGUUAGUAACACAAACACACUGGGGACACCUAGAUAUUCUAGGUAACUUGUAUACUAAAAUAGGCCGGGAGGGGGGAGGGGUUUCUNAUUUCUUCAUUAGAUCGUGUGUGAGGGACAAAGAUCAAUUUUUGAGAGGGUACUUUAAAUAUUUCACUUCAUUAAUUUCAUUAAAAAGGGGAAAACUUAGUACUUUCUUCAAUUCUUGUAAGUUCACUAUAUCUUUAAACUUGCCAGGUGCUGUAAUUGUUUCUACCCCGCAGAAAGUAGCUUUAGCGGAUGCUAGAAAAGGAAUUGAUAUGUUUAAAAAGAUUCAAAAAAGAAACCACAAUUUUUGGCCAACUUUCUUAGUUUUUAUCUGUGGAAGCUGUGGCUCGAAAACCCAUAUCUUUGGUCAGGAUGGAGUCCAGGGUUUAGCGAGAGAGAUGGGAACUCCAAUUAUAGGUGAGAUACCUCUAGACCCUGCUGUGAUGAAUAGUUCUGAUACAGGGAAACCUCUUCUUCUCUCCCAUCCUUCAUCCAUUGUCUCAGCAGAGUAUAUCAACCUCGCUGAUACUCUCAUUAGUAAACUUGGAAAAUUAGUAUUUUAACGGACUGUUCAGAAGAUUUUAAGUUAGCCUACGUUUGGAAUGUGCCACUAACAAUUCACAUUUGUACACUUUUCCAUAUCCCCGAAUUAAGUAACUGGUUUCACAACGGAGAUUUUUGUUCUUUUUGAGUUUGACCUGGAAGACAGUCGUUGGUGUCACAGAAAUAAAGAAAUCCACAAGUUGAUAUAUAGAUAAUCCGCAAAGGAUAAACUUGCGAAUCUUUGAUGGCACUAUUUCAAUGUAGGGUAAUUUAUCCAUCAUUUGACAUUA